AUGGACACAAGAAAUCACCCAUUUCUGGGUGGUGUGGUGUUCGUGGGCGGACGAAUCCGGGACGAAGUGAUAUUCGUGGCCGUGGUCUGCAAUGCGCAGCUACUCACCCAAGCGGGACUGGGUAUCUCUAUCGCUCCCCUUCACAUAAUUGGCGAUAGCUUUGGCGCCUCUAACGCGCAGUUGUCCUGGUUUCCAGCAGCUUACAGUCUGACUGUUGGCUCCUUCAUACUGUUUGCAGGACGUCUAGGAGAUUUAUUCGGACACCGAAGGAUGUUCAUAGCGGGUUGGCUGUGGUUUGCCCUCUGGUCACUGUUCGCUGGGGUUGCCGUGUACUCUGAUCAAAUCUUCUUCGACGUCUGUCGAGCGUUACAAGGGAUGGGACCGGCGGUACUUCUUCCGAAUGCCCUUGCAAUUCUGGGCCGAACAUAUCCACCUGGCAGGCGUAAAGAUAUGGUCUUCAGUAUAUUCGGUGCGACAGCGCCUGGUGGCUUCCUCCUUGGAGCUGUGUUUUCCAGUAUGCUUGCGCAGCUAGCUUGGUGGCCUUGGGGAUAUUGGAUACUCUGCAUAUAUUGCAUCCUACUUUCGGGAGCAAGCUUCAUGGUCAUACCGUCCGACGAUCCAAUCACCUGGCCAAUUCCAAAAGAGAGAUUUGAUAUUUGGGGCACCACAGUGGGGGUCGCCGGUCUCAUGUUUCUGAAUGUUGCCUGGAAUCAAGCUGGAGUUGUUGGAUGGCAAGAACCCUACACCUACGUCUUCCUAGUACUCGGGGUUCUCCUGCUUGGUUUAUUCGUCUACAUUGAACACAAAGUGUCACAUCCCCUGCUGGAGCUCAGAAAGUUUGCCGUUCCGACACUUUACAUUCUUGCCUGUCUUGCGGUUGGCUGGGGAUGUUUCGGCAUUUGGGUGUAUUAUUCCUGGCAGAUCUUCGAAGUGUUACGACAUGCGACGCCUUUACUAGCUUGUGCAUGGUAUGCACCUAUUGCGGUUUCGGGAUUGUGUGCAGCGAUGACUACCGGAUUUCUCUUGGCCAGAGUCAAACCCAUCAUGAUCAUGCUCAUAGCUAUGGCGGCCUUCUUUGUCGGCUCCACACUUGUCGCGUUCAUGUCAAUUGAACAAAAUUACUGGGCACAGGCUUUCAUCGCCAAUAUCAUCAUGCCUUGGGGAAUGGAUAUGUCCUUUCCGUCUGGCACUAUACUGUUGAGCAAUAGCAUGCCUCGAGAGCAACAGGGCAUGGCUGCAUCGGUCGUCAACACAGUGGUGAAUUACUCAAUCUCGUUGAGCCUAGGCAUCGCUGGCACAAUCGAGCGUAACGUGAACCAAGGCGGCAAUGACGUUUCGAAAGGAUAUCACGGAGCUCUCUACCUGGCCAUGGGACUCUCGGGGUUGGGUCUUGUUGUCGCUCUGAUUUCACUGUUGAGAGAAACGGCCAGUAACAGAAACGUAGGUUGA